AUGGAUGAUUUUGAGUUACACCCCCUCGAGCCGGACGACGCCGAGGCGGACGCCCACAACGAUGAUACUUUCGGCGACGAUGGAGGAGUUGUCGGGGACGAUUGGAAGCCCGACGCUAGGGCGUUGGGGGCGUUCGAGGCGCUGCAUGCGACUGUUCGCGAUCCCCGUGUGCACGCGGAGAAGCGCCAUGACUUGCCGUGGGAGGCGCAGGCGCACGGCGACUUUGGGAAUCCCGCGCCCGCAGCUUCUCCGAACAGAAAUGUGGGUGCCUUCGGCUCGCCGUUCCCUUCUCACCAAGCGGCAGACAGGGAGUUCGGGCCUUCUGGCCCUGGGAAGGGUGCGGCGCGGGACGACCGCGGACAGGGCUUCUUCGGGGCGCCGCUUCCGGCCUUUUUCACCGAAGGCAGUUCACCGCCUCCCGAUGCCGCGCGUCCUUCUCACGCGUACCCGGCUCAUCUGAACGAGCGAAAGCGAGAGAGAGACGAUGCCUUCCGGCGGGCCCUCGACCAAGGCCCGAAUCCGUUCGCGGGACUCCCUCUGCGUCUUGGCGAGGGGAGUGUGUCCGCCUCGCUCGCGAAGCUUCCCCAGAAUCUCCCGCGGCCGACUUCGCAACCGCUGUCGGCCAGCGAGCUCGAGAAACAGCUGCUGCUUCAGCACCAGCGCGGGGCGCACGGGCCCGCUUCGUCCUCUGCGCCCCACACGCAGACGUCUCGCCGCUCGACGGUGACGGAGCACCUCGACAAGCUGAUUCACCUGAAGAGGCAGCAACAGUCGCAUGCGCAGGGCCACGCCUCGAACUUUGACUCAGGCCUCGCAAGCAGAGAGAGGGCCGAGCCGCAUGCGCACUCCGCAGUUGGAAUCCCCUUUGCGUACGGCCCCAAAGCGGACGUCGCGGCGCCCUUUAGGCGGGGAGACGAGGGGCGCGAAGGCCAGGAAGGCAUGUCAAGUCAGAGACGCGUCGUGGAAUCUGAGACCUACGUGCCCGCCGGAAAAAGCCCGUUCCGACCUGGGCCGCAGGCGUCUUCGCCUCUCCCUGCUCACAGAGAAGACAUGGCGGGAGGAGCCCUCAGUUUGUCGGCAGUGAACGAAAGCCCACGCACGGGUUUCCCAGGUUGCCUCGCGCAGGCCCCGAGUGAAGAAGACGAACGCAUGGUUCAAGACUUGUUGAAGGACGCCAACGUGACUGCCGCUGCAUUGGCUGCUCUCUCGGCGGCAGAGGCGGCUGUAGCCGCGGCGCGUGCGCAGCAAGGCGCUGCCGGGCCCGCGAAUGCCGGCGCCGCGUUUCCUCGCCUCGGCCCCGUCGGCCUCUCGGGAGCACGCGCCCUGUCUCCCUCUGGCUUCCCGUCCCCCAGCGCGGAUCUACCGCACGCAGGUUUCGACGAGGUGCGAGUGACUCGAAACGAAGCGCUCGACGACCUGAGGCUCGGGCCGCAGGCGGCAGCUACCCAGGGACUCCAUCGGCAGGCGCACUUUGCAGGGGUGGGGUCCACGCCGACGCGGCCAGUCGUGGUGAUGACGGAGGCGGACGUCCUGGAGUUGAUGAACGUGAAACCGAGGGCGAACCCAGGUGUCUCGACGCCCACAAAGGAUUCCGGCCACGCGUCGCGCGCCCCGGAAGAAGCGAGCGGACGUCUCCCGCUCUCGCCGUUCUUUGACAAAAGUGGACACGUCGCUCCGCCGCACCUGGCGCCUCAUGCGCGGCCUGUCGAGGGCCGUCCUUUCCUCGCUCAGGGACAGGCGCAAGAGCGAGAGCUCGACGCCGUUCCUCUCGACCAGAGCGGCGAGACACGCGGGAGAAGGCCUUCCGACGCACAGGGCCCCGGGCGGCGCCAAGGGUGCGCCCCAGGAGGCGGAACCAACCUGGCGGUCCCUUCCGCGUCGAGGCCUUCUUCCGGGCGUCUGGGCUCCGGCUUCGGGCGAACUCCGUUCCCACAGGGCUGCCAGGGACGGUCGCUGUCGCCGAUGCCGGGAUCGUCGGCGUCGCGCGUCGUCUCUGGAGGCGUCGACCGGGGGAAAAACCGGCGGCGGGGCGAAGCGGCUCCAGUGCCAGCGGAGGGCCGCGAAGAGAAGAACAUUGUGUCGGCGUUGCGUUCCUUCUCCCUUUUCCCGCUGACCAAGGCGCACCGCGACAUGGCCGUUCGACAGCGCCUGCCGGACUUGCCGCCUUUUCGUCUCCCGGCUGCGGGCCGGUCCGCGUCCGUGAGCACUGAUCGAGGCCCUUCUGGGUCUGCGCCGCCUGCAGGCGCCGCUUCCCGCCUCGUUUCGGCCGGGCGCGGCCACGAGUGCCUGAUGACCUCGUUCGACCUGGACCACAUCCUCCGCAUGCACCUGGCACAGAUGGCCAAGCUGCCGCAACUGCAGCGGUGCUCCGGGCGGUGGAACUUCCGCUUCCUCAUGCGCCACAACGCCGCUCCCGCGUCCGCGGCGGCGCCCCACGCGGCCACGGAAAGUCAGGCCUUGACUCGAGGAGGCUCUUUGACGGAAAGGGAGGCUGGGUUCGGCGCAGGCCUGCUGCCUGAGUUGCCCUCGUCCGCUCUCGGACUCCAGAAAGAGAUCUGCCGCGUGUCUGCGCGACAGCAGCAGGAGUACGAGCUCCUCAAGCAACACCGCGAGGCCUGGGGCGGCGCGAGCAAAGAAAGCCUGAAGGACGCAGACGACGACGGCCACGGGGACUGGCCGCGGCCGCCAGCCGCUCUCCCGCCGCAGUUCAAACACGCCCAAGAAGGGAUUGGGAUGGCGGUCUCGAGCUGCCGCAUGCACCAUCUGCUCCUGGGGAGCCUGGGCUUCGCCGGCGCCACCGAGCUCCUCCAGCGCUACCUUGCUCCGUCCCUGCUGGGCUUCUCGGGGUCGCAAGGCCUCGGCCCCGAAGGCCGGCGACGCGCGGGCGUGGACGACGAGAAAGCGGAGACGCUGACGUUCGCGGCCGAAGACGCAAGCGCAGCUCGGGAGGGAGACGAAGACCAGCGCGGCGAGGACCGCGGCGAGCUCUCGCAGGCAGAGAAAGAACAGAGACGCCUCCAGAAGAAAUUCGGGAAACAGACCUACUCGACAGUUAGACAGCCGCGCAACUGCAUCCAUCUCGCCCCUGCAGGCGGGCAGCACUCCCUCUCGCACCUCACCCAGUCCCCGUCGCUGACUGCAGUUCGGGACGAGAGUCCAGCGCGUGAGGGAGCAGAAAGCCACACUGAUCACGAGUUCGAGGGCGACGACGCUCGGGAGGCGUCGGCCAAACGCGUGCGAGCUCUGGUCUUUGGACCAUCCGCAGCUUCCCAGAAGGACGCAUCAGCUGCCUCAGCCACGCCCAGCAGCGCGCCCGCGUCUGAAAAAGGCGACCGCGUUUCUGUCUUUGCGGAUGGUGUGCUUGCGCGGCGAGUCGUCGAGGACGCGUACGACCUGCUUCUCGAGGCUACGUCUCUACACACCGAAAUUCUGGAGUGUCCAGCUAGCCACGUCGCUGCGCGAUCGCGUCUCCAAGACCAACAACAUCAUCUGAUGCUCCAGCUUUUCGAAUUGAUAACUUUGCGUCACAACUUGGCUGCGGCCGACUCCAGUCCGCCGUCUUCGGCUGUAGCGGCACUCUACUUUCUGCCCUUUCUUCUCGACGCUCACGUGCCCGCCACUUCCGCAGACGUGUCGACGUACCACCGCCGCUACGUACAGCUCCAGCAGCUGCAGCUCGCCGAGAGCCGCCAGCCGGAACUGCAUGCGCAACUGGAGGAAGUGCGAAGUCUGUUGGAGGAGGAAACUGAGGGAGGUCGGCAGUGCUCACGCUGGAUGCUCUCGGGUGUCUAUGAACUGCCCAAGGGGAGGCAUCUCCUCGCGCGUACGUUGCGUCUUCUCCCAGAUGUGCCAGCGGGCGCCCUACUUCAAAUUCUUCUGGGCUCGCCGAGCAUUCUGAGGUCUCUGUGUUCUGCCGUUGACCGUGUGCUCCUUUUCGAACGCGAAGGAAACUGCGAACACACGGGAAGCACCGGGCAAGAGAAUUCGAAUGCGAACAUGCAAGCGAGCUCGGCCAGUGGCGUACGUACACGUGAAGGGGUAGAUAACUCAAAAGGCAAGAAAGAGGACGAACGAAAGACAGAGAACAGCUUCCCGUCCGCGGCACUUCUGGAGGAGUUGCUUCUGCUGCAGAAUGACGAAACGCAGCGCGGAGGCAGGCGCGUCGAGCAAUACCGACUCGUCUCGGUUCUCCUCAAGAAAAGCCACGAAGACGACAUGAACGACGACAGCGCAAGCCCUGCAUGUGGCGUGUACAUACAGCUCAUUUCGCGGCUUCUCCACGUGUCAAACACAAACGGGCAUUCACAAGCCCCAGCGAUAAGUGCUGCAUUUCUGGUCGGAGUCUGCGAGCAGAUGGCUUGGGGCUGGACCAUGGAAGAAGCUGCGGAUCUCCUCCAUUACAGGAGCGGCUGCUGUCUUCUCGCGCUUGUGCUGUCGCUGCUACCGCCGCCGUCGUCGUUGACGCCGUACCAGGAGCGAACAGCAGUUAUUCCGUUUCUGACGCUCGCCGUCUCCGCCCUCGUAUUGGCCGUUCGUGAGACGACAAGGCAAGGUGACAACGAAGGAGAGGAAAAGAAAGCGACGGAUGUGCUGCUGCCUCUCAUUCAAGCCGUCGUCCGGGAAGCCCGGGCUGACGAAUCGAGAGCGAAGGCGAUCACUGUGGCAGUCAUGAACCUCCUUGGCGUUGCAGGUGCGCAGGUGAUGCUUUCGUCGUUCCUCUCCGGAACAGGUUCAUAA